GCAUUGAUGACCAACAGCCUCCUUAUUGGCACGGCCUGCCGUCACACUCAACGGAUCCCCGGAUCUCGGCCACGAUGCUGUAUGUACAAGUCUUCAAACAGCAUGGAAGCCAUACCAAUAUGGCUGCUUGGACCCAGCCUCGAAGCAUGGAAGCUGGCAGACGUUAACAAAAUUUCCUCGAAAUACUCAGAAGCAACAGCCUUGCACCACGUUGGCUCAAAUCGCUGAUUUUAGUUGAGCUGUCUCGCAUUCCCGGCGUGCUGCAUGUUUAAACAUUCUGCUGGAUGACGACUAUAUCAAUGUUCGCUGUGCCCUUACCACCGAACCCCAUGGGAUUCCCCCUUCAGCUAUCCCUCUUCAACUUCGAGAAAGAGAUGGCUUCCAAAGAAGAGAAGAAGCUCCGCUUGGAGCGUGCUAAUACCACAAUCUCGAACCCGGUGGCCUACGUCGCCACGAUAAACAAUGAGAAGCGAAGCAAGGACAUCGACGAGGCCUAUGACUAUCUUCACAGCAGGGCGGACUUUGUGGGCGAGCAAGCGAUCGACAUUAAGAAGCUGCAGCGCAAAGUGGACUGGCGCAUCAUGCCCAUCAUGUUCCUCAUCUUUGGACUGCAAUUCCUCGAUAAAUACUUGCUGAACUACUCCAUUGUUAUGGGACUACCCAAGGACCUGAAACUCAAAGGAAACGAUCUCAACAAUAUCGCAUCUUCGCUGUGGUGGACGUAUCUUGCAGUCUCCCCACUCGUCGCAUUGGCGAUGAACAAACUGCCGCUGGGCAAAUGGCUGGGAGUUGCUAUGAGCAUAUGGGGCGUCACUAUCGCAUGCGUCGCGGCAGUCAAGACAUAUCCACAACUACUCGCAAUUCGUUUACUGAUGGGCGCGUGUGAUGCUGCGCUCGUCCCCGCGCUGAUGCUCAUCAGCUGCCACUACUACCGAAAAGACGAACAAGCAGCGAGAUUCGCGAUCUGGUUCUCUAGCAUUGGAUUUGCGGUCAUUACUGGUGGUUUGAUCUCCUACGGAUUCCAGCACGUCACAACCUCUUCGAUUGAAUCAUGGCGCAUAAUGUAUCUCGUAAUGGGUGUCAUCAGUUUUUCUGUGGGAGUUAUCUGCCUCUUCCUCAUGCCCGACAGCCCAAUCCGCGCCAAAUUCCUCAACGACGCCGAAAAGACCGCUCUCAUCCACCACGUCUCCGUCAACCAGACUGGCAUCACAGGCCACAAAAUCGAAUGGCACCAACUCCGAGAACUAGCCCUCGACCCUCAGAUCUACCUCCUCGUCAUGAUGAACAUCUUCAUCUCACUCGGCUCAGGAAUCCUCGGCACCUACGCCUCAACCAUAAUAAAGUCCUUCGGCUACGACUCCAAACAAGCAGCCCUCCUCACCACCCCCGGCGGAGCAAUCUGCGUCGUCACAUGUCUGAUCUCCGCCAUCGUAAUCCGCUACCACAUCAUGCCCCGCUGGCUCAUUUCCGUCUUAGGCUACUGCUUCUCCUUCACAGGCGCCUGUCUCGUAGCCUUCUCCCCCCACCAAAACAAAGGCGCCCAACUCGCCGGAAUCUACCUCGUAUCUUGCAGCCUUUUCACCUCCGGCAUCAAACUCCAAUGGAUGUCAGCCAAUAUCGCCGGCCACACGAAACGUUCUGCCGCAACAGCUAUUAUGUCUGGUACAAUUUCUAUCGGAAAUAUUGUCGCGCCAUAUGCUGUGCAGCCAAAAGAAGCACCAUACUAUCAAACUGGCAAAGAUAUUCUUGUUGGAGCGAAAGGCUUGCCAAUUCUCAUGUUAUCGUUACUGGCGAGUUACUAUUACCUUAUGAAUCGACAUCGGGAUCGCAAGUAUGGGAAACCGCACACUGGGACAUCAAUGGAUCCGGAAGCACCAGUCAUGGCGCCAGAUGAUAGUGAGGACCAAUGGCAAAAUCUGACAGACAAAGAACGGAAGAGUUUCAGAUAUGUGUACUAG